AUGCCGCGGUUCCCGGUGAAGAAGGUCCGCAAGCAGAUGAAGCUGCUGCUGCUGCUGCUGCUGCUCACCUGCGCCGCGUGGCUCACCUACGUGCGCCUGAGCCUGCUGCGCCCGGGCCGCGCGCUGCGCCCGCGGAUGGGCUCCGGCCGAGACAGCGAGAAGCUGACCGGUGCGACAGACAGCCAGGGCAUCCGUGCUGCGCCGUCCACGCAGAGGGUGGAAGACUCCAGCGAGAGUCGUGAGGAGGAACAGGCGCCCGAAGGUCGGGACCCAAACAUGCUGUUUCCUGGGGGGGCUGGGAGGCCACCGCCGCUGAACCUCACCCAUCAGACGCCCCCGUGGCGGGAGGAGUACAAGGGACAGGUGAACCUGCACGUGUUUGAAGACUGGUGUGGGGGCGCCGUGGGCCACCUGAGGAAGAACCUGCACUUCCCGCUGUUCCCUCAUACUCGCACCACUGUGAAGAAGCUGGCCGUGUCCCCCAAGUGGAAGAACUACGGACUCCGGAUUUUUGGCUUCAUCCACCCAGCGAGAGAUGGAGAUGUCCAGUUCUCUGUGGCUUCAGACGACAACUCUGAGCUCUGGCUCAGCCUGGAUGAGAGUCCAGCGGCCGCCCAGCUUGUGGCCUUUGUGGGCAAGACUGGCUCUGAAUGGACAGCGCCUGGAGAAUUCACCAAGUUCAGCUCCCAGGUGUCCAAGCCCAGGCGGCUCAUGGCCUCCCGGAAGUACUACUUUGAACUGCUGCACAAGCAAGAUGAUCGAGGCUCGGACCAUGUAGAAGUGGGCUGGCGAGCUUUCCUACCCGGCCUGAAGUUUGAGGUCAUCGGCUCUGCUCACAUCUCCCUGUACACAGAUGAGUCGGCCUUGAAGAUGGACCACGUAGCCCACGUCCCCCAGUCUCCAGCCAGCCAUGUGGGGGGGAGUCUGCUGCUGCAGGAGCCCACUGCAGACAUGCUGCAGCCGGACCCCAGGGACACCUUCUUCCUCACUCCUCGGAUGGAGCCUUCAAGCCUGGAGAAUGUGCUGGAACCCUGUGCCUAUGCCCCCACCUACGUCGUCAAGGACUUUCCCAUCGCCAGAUACCAGGGCCUGCAAUUUGUGUACCUGUCCUUCGUUUAUCCCAAUGACCACACCCGCCUCACUCACAUGGAGACUGACAACAAGUGCUUCUACCGCGAGUCGCCGCUGUACCUGGAAAGGUUUGGAUUUUACAGAUACAUGAAGAUGGACACGGAGGACGGGGAGGAGGACGACGCGGGGCAGCGCCGAGCUUUCCUCUUCCUCAGCCCUGACGACCUCCUGGACGACGAGGACGACGCGGAGCCGCCGGACAGCCUGGGGCCCAGCGAGGCGUCCCCGCCACACAGCGGCCGCCGGUCCCCCGCCCCGCCGACGUCCCCCGGCCCCCGCGGGGAGCGGAGCCGCAGACGCUCCCGGGCGCUGAGCUGGGCCGCGCAGGCCGCCCGCCCCCUGCCGCUCUUCUUGGGCCGAGCCCCGCGCCCCCGCGCGGCCGAGCAGCCGCCGCCGAAGGUGUACGUGACAAGGGUGCGGCCCCGCCGGCGACAGCGGGCGUCCCCCCGGGCCCCGGAGCCGCUCGGCCCGCACGGCCCGCCCCGGCCCCCGUUCCCCGGAGUCUUCCUGCGCCCCAGGCCGCUGCCCCGAGUGCAGCUGCGGGCGCCCCCACGCCCGCCCCGGCCCCACCGCCGCAGGACGGCGGCGCCGCGGCCCCCAGCCCGGGCCCAGGCCACCGAGGGAGCCCGGGACGGCCAGGCUCGCCCGCCGGGAGCCCCCGCGCCCACUGCGGACCCCAACUCCUCAGCCGAGGCUCGGCCCGGGACCUCCUUCCUGAGCCUGUCCCAGGUGUCCAGGCCGCAGCUGCCCGGGGACGACGGGGAGGACGACGGGGCCCCCGGCGACGAGGCGGCGUCAGAGGGCAGCGAGGAGGCGGCGGGCCCGGCGCUCGGCCGCUGGCGCGAGGACGCCAUCGACUGGCAGCGCACCUUCAGCGUGGGCGCCGUGGACUUCGAGCUGCUGCGCUCCGACUGGAACGACCUGCGCUGCAACGUGUCGGGCAACCUGCAGCUGCCCGAGGCCGAGGCCGUGGACGUGGUGGCUCAGUACAUGGAGCGGCUAAACGCGCGGCAUGGCGGGCGCUUCGCGCUGCUGCGCAUCGUGAACGUGGAGAAGCGCCGCGACUCGGCGCGCGGGAGCCGCUUCCUGCUGGAGCUGGAGCUGCAGGCGCGCGGGGGCGGCCGCCUGCGCCUGUCCGAGUACGUCUUCCUGCGGCUGCCGGGCGCCCGCGCCGGGGACGCGGACGGAGAGAGCCCCCGGGCCGCCGCCUCCGCGCGCCCCGACGGCCGCCCCCAGCUCUGCCGGCCGCUGCGCCUGGCCUGGCGGCAGGACGUGAUGGUGCACUUCGUCGUGCCAGUGAAGAACCAGGCGCGCUGGGUGGCGCAGUUCCUGGCCGACAUGGCCGCGCUGCACGCGCGCACCGGGGACGCGCGCUUCAACGUCGUGCUGGUGGAUUUCGAGAGCGAGGACAUGGACGUGGAGCAGGCCCUGCGCACAGCGCGGCUGCCCCGGUACCAGUACCUGAGGCGAACCGGCAACUUCGAGCGCUCUGCUGGGCUGCAGGCUGGCGUGGACGCGGUGGAGGACGCCAGCAGCAUCGUUUUCCUCUGCGACCUGCACAUCCACUUCCCGCCCAGCAUCCUGGACAGCGUCCGCAAGCACUGCGUGGAGGGCAAGCUGGCCUUCGCGCCCGUGGUCAUGCGCCUGGGCUGCGGGAGCUCGCCGGGGGACCCCCAUGGCUACUGGGAGGUGAACGGCUUCGGCCUCUUUGGGAUCUACAAGUCGGACUUUGACCGUGUUGGAGGCAUGAACACUGAGGAGUUCCGAGACCAGUGGGGCGGCGAAGACUGGGAGCUCCUGGACAGGGUCCUGCAGGCGGGGCUGGAGGUGGAGCGGCUCCGGGUGCGGAACUUCUAUCACCACUACCACUCCAAGCGGGGCAUGUGGGGCACUCGCAGCCGGAAGGGCUCCCGCAAGGAGGCGUCUUGA